AUGUUGCCGAGUGUUAUUGCGCCACCAGCGAUGUACCCGAACUAUCUGCGGCCCUCGGCGGCGCUUUCCUUCCCUCCCUCUUUACAGACGUCGUUUACCACGCGCUCGAGUUUCCUGGUGGAGGACCUGUUGCGGAUCAGCAGACCUGCCACCUUCAUGCACAGGAGCAUCCCAUCUCCAAGUGCAUCUCCUCCAGCCACGGGAGCCACAACUCUGAAUAACACCUCUCCAGUCCAAGUUGCCAUGUCUACCUCUAUGCCAAAAAGAUCAAGCUCGCCUCAAACAUCGAUUUCCAACAACGAUCCAAAUUAUUUGAAAUUUGGAGUGAAUGCAAUUCUUGCGUCAACAACGCGAAACUCUUCACCACCACCUUCAGUGCAAGGGAUGCACGCGAAAACAUUUCCGUUCCAGUGUUUUGAUGGUUCAUUCCACCCAUUCAUCAGAGCAUCAUAUUUUCCAGUAUCGACUUCAGCAGUGCCUAUUCCCGGAACGUUCGCAUGGCCCCUCACAGCUCGUGGGAAGCCGAGAAGAGGAAUGCUCCGACGGGCCGUCUUCUCCGACGUGCAGCGCAAAGCCCUGGAAAAGAUGUUCCAGAAACAAAAGUACAUCAGCAAACCAGACAGAAAGAAACUGGCGACAAAACUUGGUCUCAAAGACUCUCAGGUAAAAAUAUGGUUCCAAAACCGAAGAAUGAAAUGGCGCAAUUCCAAAGAAAGAGAGCUUCUGUCGUCAGGAGGCUGCAGGGAACAAACUUUACCUACGAAAAUGAACCCUAACCCCGACUUGAGCGACGUUGGAAAAAAGUUUGAAAAUGACGAGUGUCUGAGGGGAGAAAGCCCACGCGCGCCUUUCUGCCAGCCUCGCGAGCUCUUCCACAACGCUGAUUUACAUUUCCCGCCAUCAUCAAUUUCCUGCAAGCACUCAGACUUUUCAGAAUCAGAGGACGAUGAAAUAACCGUGUCAUAA